AUGAAUGGCGAUACACUUAUACCGGCAGUACUAAAUUAUUCACAUAUCAGCACUCUAUUCGAAAAUGAUCGACAUUUUUCUCAUUUGGCCGAUUUUGAACGUGAAAUGGCUUAUCGGACAGAAAUGGGAUUAUACUAUUCAUUUUAUAAAAAGCUGAUCAGUGAACCAUCUUUUUUGGAAACGCUGAAUCAAAUAACGAACGAUAACGUAACAGAAUAUGGUCAUACUAUUAAUACAUUGAAGCGUUUCAACCUUUAUCCUGAGGUAAUUUUAGGUAUAGCUUUCAAAUUAUUCAAGAAAAUAGCUAAUGAAAAUCACUGGGUAUUGGAACAAUGCUGGCAAGUCAAACGGGGUGACCAGCUGCCACCUGCGAUCAGCUGUGAAGGAAUCGGUAAUGAGCAUUAUUUUUAUAUCACCAUGGUUUUCGCCUUGGCGAGCACGGUAGCUUCAACGAUAUUUUUAUUUGGAGUUUUGCUCAGUGACACUGUAUUAGGUGGCAUUCUUGCAGUCUGUUGUUUUUUUUUCAAUCAUGGACAAGCCACGAGAGUACAGUGGACUCCUCCACUUCGCGAAUCCUUUGGCUACCCCGUCUUUCUAGCCCAGAUACUUGUUAUCACUUAUGUACUAAGAUAUAUUAAAAAUGGAUUCUUGUGGUCUAUUCUCAUCGCUUAUCUCACAACUAUAUUUAUGCUUUUUUGGCAGUUCUCCGCAUUUGCACUCACCACUCAGCUGGGAUCAAUUUUCGCCACUUUUAUCCUUGAUUUUGUUCCAGUCAAGACCAUGAAUACUAUUGUAUACGGUCAUGCGAUUGCAUUUUUUACUUCAUUUAUGCUGCUAUUCGGUAAUGAAAUGCUGCUUACAUCAUUCUAUUUAUCCAGCAUUAUUACCUUGUGGAUCAUUUUAUCUCUGGAUCGCUACUUAUAUCGUAUCAUCAAUCGGCUAUUGUAUAUAGUUGUGAAUAGCACACUGUAUAUUGCUGGUACUGUAGGUAUCAAAUUAAUUAUAAGUCACCUGAUGCAUGUGGAAGAUGAUGCCCAUAUAAUGGAUCUUCUUCGUGCCAAAUUUACGUCGUUUGCAAAUUUUCAUACACGUUUAUACACAUGCGCUAAAGAAUUCGACUUUAUUGGAAGCGAGGAUCUGACAGAUCUUAUGAGAACUCUUAUGUUGCCAGCUGCAGCUUUAUCAGUUUUACUCGUUUUCAUGUUUUUUGUGCAGUAUGAGCCAUUGACGUACCGGGAUAAAAUUCGAAACAAACCAUGUGCGGAGAUCAUUUACAAUGUUAUCCAGUGUAUUUGUUUCAUCAUCAUGGCCUGCCUUAUCAUGCGGUUAAAAUUAUUCAUGACCCCUCAUUUAUGUAUUAUUAUUACAGUUCUAGUUAAUUAUGAGUUCGUUGUACACGCUGUGCAUUUCAAUAUGUCAGGAUGGAUGCAUCGAAUUUUAGUUGUUGUAUUAUUAGCAGCUAUGGCUUAUCAGGGAGUAAUCAAUAUUCAAAAACAGUGGGAAAUUCAGGGAGAAUAUAGUAAUCCUGACCAAGAAGCACUUUUUGAUUGGAUAUCUCGUAAAACAAAAUCAGAUUCUGUUUUUGCUGGUCCUAUGUCAGUUAUGGCUAAUGUCAAAUUGUCUACCGGAAGACCGAUCGUGAACCAUCCUCAUUAUGAAGAUGCUGGAUUGAGAUCUCGGACGCUUAAGGUCUACUCGUUAUUUAGCCGGAAACCUUUAAGAGAAGUUUACGAUACUUUGAAAGAAAUGGGUAUCGACUAUUACAUUUUUCAGCCAAAUUGGUGUGAUUCACAUGUGACAGUGUCGGAAUGUAGCUAUCGAGCAAUAUGGGAUUUACAAGAUCCCACCAAUCGGGAGCGUGAAUCGUUAUGUGAUGUAAUUUUGGAUGUACUGAAUGGACGUCGUAUUGGAGCCCUUGCACCGUUCAAGAUUGUCUAUAGUGCUAGGAGCUAUGUCAUUUUUGAACUUUAAACAUUUUUGAAUUCGAGCGUUUGUUUGUUCAGUUAGCGUACGGUUUACUACUUACAGCGAAUUCAAUUCUUCUCUUUUUCUACAAUCACUGGAUCUUGCUUCUUGAAUUCUUUUAAAGCAAAUAUUGAUUUGGUUUAUUUAUUUAUGACUGCAUAGUAUUUUUCCAAUUUGUAAUAUUAGUCUUUGUUUUGACGUUUUUUUCUCUUCUACUCCUGGAUGUUUCAGUCACGAGGAUUACUUUUUUUCAUAAGUACACUACUGCUGCAUUGGUUGUGUCCUUGCUUGGGUGAGUAGUAAAUGAGAGCAAUUUUGAUCAGCU